GUUAAGCAAAAUAUUUCAGACUGGUUUUCUGAGUGUUUUGGAGUUCACAAUGUAUUGCAUGAGAUUGAGCAUCAUACCAAUUUUCUACAUCUCCAUUUCAAUCACAACUUUCUCCAUUCUAUGUGAUGCAAGAAGUUUUGCCCAAUUCUUUAAACCCCAUGACACAAAACUACACAAAAGCAAUUCAAUCCAUGAAUUAGAGAAGUACAAGCUGAAAGCAAUAUAUCACCUGGACUUACAAUUUCCAUUGCCUUCCCCAAAUAUUGAAUUUACACCGUUCGAUGCCAGCUCUCCCUCUCCCUCCUCAUCACCACCGUUGGAUUCACCAGCACCAGGAAAUCUCCCUCUUCCAGAUCCGUACUCUGUACUCCCACCGAUUCCUUCAACCCCACCUCUUACAAAUCCUCCUUCAUCUGGGCCCACUUCCUCACCCAUCCCAAACCCACCACAAAAUGGGCCUAGCCCAUACCCACCAACCACAACCCCAAUCCCGCCCGAAAAUUCUCCUAUCCCACCCAAAUCCAUCCCAACCCAACCAAUCUCUCUGCCCCCCAUAGCUUCCCCUCCGCCGUCCGGGCCACCAUCUCCUCCGCACAAAAAGCCACCGCAGUCUGCAGCAUGGUGCGUGGCCAACCCAGCGGUGCCGGACCCGAUAGUCCAAGAAGCCCUAGACUAUGCAUGUGGGUCGGGGGCAGACUGCAAGUCAAUCCAGCCCAGUGGGUCCUGCUACAAGCCCGACACAUUGUUGUCGCAUGCUUCGUACGCCUUCAACAGUUACUGGCAGAAGACGAAGGCUGCUGGAGGCACUUGUGAUUUUGGAGGGACUGCCAUGCUUGUCACAGUUGAUCCCAGUUUUGAUGGAUGCAAAUUCUUCUACAAGGGAUGAUUCAUGAAGAAGAUAAAGAAAACUCUAUUGCACGGAAUAUAUUCCCUUUGAGAUUUCCAGAUUGUCCAGAAUCUGCAAGCACACUUGUAUAAUCUUUCAUUUAGCAGGAUUAGCAAGAAGUAUGAGUUUUUAUUCUAUCAAUAAGUAAUAAUUAACUCGUGUGGAGAAUGAUCUCAUAUAAUUAUAUAUUUGGUUGGAAGGGAACGAACAGCUGCCAAAUUACUUGCAUUUGAUGCCUUCAUUCUUUGAAGGGUUUGUUAAUUAAUGAACAUUAUCAAGUGAAAGCAAAUGAAAGGAUGUAAUUAAUAACUAAUUUUAAACAGAAAAGUUAUUUAGACUCGCUCAA